UAUAAAGCCCACUCCCCAACCAUCAGCUCUCUUGAGCUUUUAAAGAAGGAAGCUCUGAGACUCUGACUGGCAGAUGGCGGUAUCCAUCCGGGCGAAGAGGGUGACUGACCCGCUGGACGACGAGGCGAAGGCCCGCCUCCGCGGCGACGACGAGGCGAAGGCCCGCUGGAUGACCGGCUACGCCGGUAGCAGCAGCGGCAGCGAGCACGAGGCCACCCCUUGUCUCUCCGGACUCGUCCACGCCUUCCUCCUCGAGAGCGCAGCUGGCGCCCCCUCCGCCGCCGCCCCCGGCGGCUACGCCUCCGACGUAGGCGGCGCUUCCGACGACGACGAUGCCGGCGACCGCGCUGCGGCCGCCAAGGAGACUGUUCGGGAUUUGCUCGAUCCGCCGGUGGAGAGGGACCCGUUCCGGGCCCGGCUGGUUUCCGAUGUCCUCGCGGCGGCAGAGGCUUUUGCCGGGGUGAGAAAGAACGGAUCGGCAUUCCGGAGGGCGGUGAUGGCGACGCUGAGGGUGGCGGGGUACAAUGCCGGGAUCUGCAAAGCGAGGUGGGAGAGCUCCGGUGGGGUCACCGCCGGAACCUACGAGUACAUCGACGUGGUGGCGGCGGCGGCGGCGGGGGAGGUGAGGUACAUCGUGGACAUGGAAUUCGCGGCAGAUUUCGAGGUGGCGCGGGCGACGAAGGAUUACAGGCGGGUGCUGGCGGCGCUGCCGAGGGUGGCGGUGGCGCGGACGGAGGCGGUGCGGCAGGUGGUGCGGGUGGUGGCGGACGCGGCCCGCCGAUCCCUGCGGAGCCAGGGGCUACACGUGCCGCCGUGGCGGAAGAGCCGAUACAUGCUCGCCAAGUGGCUCGGGCCGUACCGCCGAACGGUGAACACUCUGCCAUCCUCCGCCGGUGCCCGCAUGGCUGGAGGCGGCGGCGCGGAGGUGAAGUGCCGGACCGUGGGGUUUCCGGAGGCGUCGGCGGGGAGGCUUGUGCCUCGGGCCGGCCGGACGAGGUAGAGGAAAAAGACAAAAGAGGUACUGUUUUCUUGAAUUAGCUAAUGGGGCGGCAGACAAAUUAUUACGUAGAAUUCCUCCACCACGUCAGCUAUAGACCAGCCCAAUAAAAAUUUGGUAAAUAAUUAAUUUUAUCUCAACCCUAACCUCCGGCAUCUCUCUCCGGCCCACGUCUCCGGCCUGAUUGGUGACUGCCAAUUAGCCUACAUGGCAUCCUUCUUCUCAAUAGUGAUGUUCUGUGAGCUAUAUGUUGAAGUUUUGUGAUGAUCAAGGGUUGUAUAGAGGUCUUGUAAUAUGAUGUGCUGAGGAAAUUCUUUCAGAACCUUAUUCCAUUGUUGGGAUAGAUAUGUGAGAACUGGCUACGUGCUAGAAGUUAAAAAUUCAGCUCGUAGAACUUAGGGGGAAAAAAAUCUUCCAUAUGUUGGUUUGUUUAAAAGGAUAUUUUCUGAUUUUAGAUCUAUGGUCAUUGUUUGGAAUUAUUAUCAUGCAAUUGGAUGAAUAUCUUUUCAAGAUCUGUGCAGAUGGAUGAAUAAUCCAAAAUAUCCACUAAUUGCUUUGAGA